AUGCCAGGAUAUAGAAAUAAUAUUAAAAUGGUAUUAUGGCUGGGUAGGUUUUUGAUUUUGUACCUUGCAGUGGUUCAAAGCAAAAUUAUCUUUGUAAAUGAGGUCUCAAGACAUGGAUCAAGAGCUCCAUUUGGGGAUUAUCCUGAAGGUGUGUUUCCUAAUGGAAAGCAAAUGCUAACUGCUUCUGGAAUGAGACAACACUAUCUUCUAGGCCAACAGUUGAGAGCUAUGUAUGUCAGUGAGAGGGAUGGAGAUGAAAAGUUGUUGAGUAAAGAAUAUAAUCCAGAAGAAAUUUAUGUGAAAUCGACUCAGAUGCCAAGAACCAUCCAAAGUGCGUAUUCCCAGCUACUCGGCUUAUACCCAAGGAAAACAUAUUUAAAUCAAUGUGAUAUUCAAAUUGAAGAAAAAUGUCCUUCUUUAAGAUCUCAAAGCCCUUUUGAUGAAGACAUCAUUUAUUCUGACCUUGCUCAAAUGGACUAUCAUCCAAUUCCUGUUCACAAUGAAGAUGGGUACUUAGAAGAAAUUGUUCAUAUUAAAAGUUGAAACUACAUCAUAAAUAGCUAUAUGAAUAGAACUCUUGAUUUCUCAUAUUGGAAAGAGGAGGAUGACAAGUAUAGAAAAACUGGGAUUUAUGACAAAAUAGCUCAAGCAUUCAACAAAUCAAGUAAAGAUAUUGACAUUCAAACAGUAUUUCACUUAAUAGAUGCUAUUUUGAUUGAAAAUUUUGAAGGCAUCCCUCCUAGGGCAAACUUCACCACUGAAGAAAUUAACUUACUUAAAGGAACCCAGAGGCCUAAUUAUGUUUUAAAGCUAGAUUACAAAGGCAAGGCUCUAGUUGCUUCAAGGUUUCUAAAUCCAGUAUUAGAAGCAAUGAAAGCUAGGAUUGGACUGCCUUACAAUAAGAUAUCAAUAAAGAAUUUUGAGAAAGCAAAGUUUGUCUACUUUUCUUCACAUGAUCUUCACAUGACAAUGAUUAUUUCUUUUCUCAAUGUGACCAAUAUUGAAAUUGAUUACAUCUCUUUCGCCUCAGUCAUUAUAAUCGAACUUCAUCAGCACGAGAAAGAGUCCUGAUACGGAUUAGUCGAUAAGACAUGAUUCUAUGUGAGAAUAUUCUUCGAUAAUGAUCAGCUCAAGCUAAAUGACUGAAAAAGCAUCGACUGCACUUUUAAAGAAUUUGAAACAUUUUUAAAAGACAAAGGCUACCCUCCUGACAUGAUUGAUAAGGAGUGCACUUCUGAGCCAGUUAUGUAUACAAGAGAAGAAUUUGAUAAUGGUUUAAGUGGAUAUAUUACUGCCAGAAAGACUAACAAUUCUUAG